ACCGCUGCCUUUUAACGUUAUACAUGAACAAAGACGUCAAACCAAGUUGACUGACAGUUGUUACUAUUAGUCCGCUCAGGAUGGCCCGAAUUUUGUCACGUUCGGAGCUCAGGCAGUUGGCGGACUCACUAGUGCUGGACUGGAGUGACAUGGCGUCUCAUACCAAAGCAAUGUUGCACUGCACAGCUCGGCAUUACCUGGACGGUAAAAUCCCCUGGGAGAUGACAUUUGAGGUGGACAGGUGGCCAGACUACACAGCCGUCCUGUGGCGCAGUAACAAGAACGACAGCUCUGCGCCAACUUUCACUAAGAAUUAUAUAUCUCUUCACUGGACCAAUGACGGUGGACUUAAACAGUUAUUAAUAUCAACAUCUCUGGACUGGACCAAACCACUUUUCAUACGUGGGUUUCCCCCCAAAGGUUUAUCCAUACUAAGAGAACAUCUGGAGAAACAGGGAGUUCCAUGCCCUUCUGAGCAUAUCCACCCCUGUGACAUCGGCUACUACCUGCACAAAACUUGUCCAAGUCUAGAGAGCAUGACCACGACUGACAACAAAAAGGUGACCAUAGCCCCAGUCAAACCUGAGCACAGCCGGCUUGUCAGUAAGUCCUGGAAAUUUGGAGGCACUCCCGCGGCUGAUGAGUACUUGCACUAUCUGGUCAGCACUUUCCCCUCGGCCUGUGUGUAUGACCAAGACGGAAACCCUUUGUCGUGGAUUCUCAUGGACAACAGCGGUAUACAAGUGCUUGGCUACACCUUACCAGAUCACAGAGGAAAGGGUUACUAUCAGCUUGCUUCUAGGCACCUGAUAAGCGUCUGUCUAGAGAAGGGGUAUCUGCCGUUUGGUUUCAUUGAGGACUACAACGAGCAUUCGAGGAACAUCCACAGGAAACUUGGGUACACUUGGACGGAGGCAGGGAGGUGUAUAUACCUCACUCUCAAUGGUUUCGUUAUCGGAUCCAGACUUUGAGUCCAGGACUUGUUGCUACCUGAAACCAGUGAUACAAAAUAGCCAUUAAUUGUUACAAGCAACACUUACAAGCAUGUUAUGUACACAAGUGGAUGUCAUGUUAUUUCUUCAUGGCUAUCACAAAUUUCGUUGGUCAUUAAACAUGUAAAUUUGUCCAUUCGUUCUGCAACCGUCCGUAAUUUUUAUGUAAUACAGUAUUCAGAUUAAAAAAAAACGUGCGCUUUGAAACAGAGGUCCGAUAUCGUUGCUUAGACUUAAAGCCAUAUAUAAUAUGAAUCACAGAAAAGUCUCGUACACCGUCUGUAUUACAUGUACUAUGU